AUGACCCCGGAGACGCAGGAUGAUGUAACCAACGAGGGGCAGCAGGACCCCCGGCUCGCCAACUCCUCCUGCUCCUCCAGCAACAACAAAACCACCACCAGCGUCCCGCUCUCCUCGAUCGCGCCGGCCCUCGUGCUGGGCGGGGCGGGCCUCAGCAACCAGCUGCACCCGAACCCGGCGUCGCUGCCGACACGGCACAUGGUGCAGCGCGCGCUGGACCUGGGCUUCCGCGCCAUCGACACGUCGCCCUACUACGGGCCCUCGGAGGUGCUGCUCGGCGACGCCCUCGCGCAGCCCGAGUUCGUCGCCACGCACCCGCGCGACAGCUUCCUGCUGAUGACCAAGUGCGGCCGCGUGGCCGCCGACCACUUCGACUACUCGCCCGCCUGGAUCCGCAAGUCGGUCACGCGCAGCCUGCAGCGCCUGCACACCCCCUACCUCGACGUCGUCUUCACGCACGACGUCGAGUUCGUGUCCGUCGACGCGGCCGUCGCCGCCGUGGGCGAGCUGUUCGCGCUCAAGGACGAGGGCAAGCUGCGGUACGUGGGCAUCUCGGGCUACCCGCUGCCGCGCCUGGCCGAGGUCGCGCGCGCGGUGCGCGACCGCCACGGCCGCCGCGUCGACGCCGUGCAGGUCUGGGGCCAGCUGACGCUGCAGAACACGGUGCUGCUGGACGAGGGCGGCCUGGGUGAGCUCAAGGCCGCCGGCGUCGACUGCGUCUUCGCGUCCAGCCCGCUGGCCAUCGGCCUGCUGAGGAAGAAGGGCGUGCCCGUCGGCGAGCUGGGCGAUUUCCACCCCGCGCCCCCGGGCCUGCGCGAGGCGGCGGCACGCGCCUCCGAGUUCGUCGAGGGGAGCGGGGGUGUCAAGCUGGCCGAGUUGGCGCUGAAGUAUGCCGUUGCGCAGGGCCUGGCUGCGGGACAAGAGACGGGGCUGAGGUUGAGCACUAUUCUGGGCGGAGGCACCACGCAUGAGAUAGAAGACAAUUGGGAGGUUGGAAGCACCAUCACCGGUCGGUACGAGGCCAGGAGAAGAGCAACGGACAACGGGAAGGGAGGAGAGGAAAGACUCAGCGGGCUUCUCACAGAGAAGGAGCUUGAGCUGGCUAAAGGGACGAGGGACAUACUUGGGCAGUGGCUGAACCACAGUCUGGGGAGUUGA